AACCACAACCUAUUUGCUUGUUAGGUCAUAUAUCCAGAACAUGUGGGUACUACGAUGCCUGGUUUUGCACAUGCCCAUUUCGGCCAACUGUAAUAAAUUUGAUGUUGAAAAGAAGACUGAACCGCUUCCAUUAUCUUCCAGACAUGCCCAACUGGCCACCUCCCCAAAUGUAUCGCUCAAAUUUUCAAACCACAUGGUUUUGCUUCCCUUCGAGUCCCUACAAUGAGUUGAUUCAUUCGAAGAACUACUUCUUUUGGAUUUGUGUAUAUGUAUAUAUAUAUUCAUCCAAUUUGCAUUUUCCAUCACCGCAGCACAACAAAAGCUUUUCAGUUUCCUAAGAUCUUAAAGUCUCUUCCUUCUCUUGCCCUAAAAUAUUCUGGCUCCCUUGUUUUAGAAAAGUGACAAGAUGAUCAGUGCUAAGAAGCUUAUCAGGUUGGCAAGGAAAUGGCAUAAUCUGGCAGCAAUUAAGAGGAAAACAAUCACAUUCUCAAGAACCACCGGGGAUGAUGACACAAAUAGUUGCAGCAGCACUUCAUCAAUGGUCGAGAAGGGUCACUUUGUGGUGUAUAGUGCUGAUGAGAAGCGCUUUGUGCUUCCUUUGGAGUAUCUGAAGAACGAAAUUGUCAUGGAGUUGUUCAAUUUGGCAGAAGAGGAGUUUGGACUACCUAGCAACGGCAACCUCACCUUGCCUUGUGAUGCAGCCUUUAUGGAAUAUGUAAUUGGGUUAAUCAAAAGGAAAGCAAGCAAAGAACUGGAGAAAGCAUUGCUCAUGUCUGUAGUUAGUGACCGUUGCCUAUCCUCAUCGGAUCUCUAUCGGCAAGAAACAAGCCAACAGUUUCCAGUACGAAGUUUCUAAAGCAAAAUAUGUUUUCAAUUUUGCAAACGAUGUACAUUAAGAUAUAUAAUGAGAAAGCUGCAGAUUUUGAUUCA